GAAUACAUGUGAUAUGUUUCAAACAAUUGUAGAAGCACUUCAAUUUAUGAAUAUUGAAAGACAAUGUUUAAUAAGAUUUGGAACAAUAGAUCAGGGAAUAUUAAACAUAUUAGAUUAUUUCCCUUUUGAUCCAUUUCGAUUAAAAACUUCACAACCAUACAUUGGCCCAAUUUAUCGAGAUUGGGCCGGUAUGCCGGAUAAGAAUCAAGUAGCUAUGGAAGAAUAA